AUGAUUGGAAAAUUAGCAGCAGCCAGUGCACUCCUCAUAAGUGUCGUCAACGCGCAUGCAUUCCUCGAGACUGUCAAUGUCGGUGGGACAACGUAUGCUAAGACAGACGACAACACUCCGAUCUGGGCGUGGUCACCAAACAACGGGCCAGCAGCGACAGUAGAGGAUCUAUCAACAAACGACAUAGCCUGUCAUGCGAAUGCAGAGAAAGCUACCAACGCCGCAUCUGUACCAGCAGGCGGUAAUGUAGGUUUCGGCUGGGGUAAAGGGCUUCAUAAGUGGGGUCCAUUCCUCACAUAUGCUGCCAAAUGCGAUGUAGGCUGCGACCCUAAUGCUGCGGAAUGGUACAAGAUCGGUCAGAUCAAUAUCGAUGAAAGCGGUACGUGGCCAGUGCCUAAGUAUGUAGAUGCUGGUGAUGAUGUACCUGUAACUCUCCCAUCAAGCAUGGAGUCCGGCACAUGGUUGCUCAGAACUGAAAACAUCAACCUCGGCGCCAUCCCAGCGGAGAUUUACGCCGGUUGCGUCUCGGUUGAGGUUACUGGCGGCGGCUCAGGCUUGCAAGGUGAAACUGUCUCCUUCCCGGGCGCUUACACGGGCGAAGAGCCAGGACUCACCAAGCAGCCUUACAGCGUCGAGGGUCCUGCAGACUACAACAACCUCCCUGGUCCAGCUGUUGCGCAAUAA